AAGGAAUUCUUUCUUUCCGAUCGAAAUCCAAAAUCGAGAGAGAAAACGCGCGAUUUCAAAACGAGCAGCUGCUGCGGCGCCAAUCAAUCUUCAUCUUCGAUUCAUUGGUUGGUCAAUCUAAUGAAACCUAGCUGAGAAUCAUGGACGAUAACCGACAUCGAAGGCCGUCCUUGAAAUCCAUUCAUCCAGAUUGGAAGGAAAAGUUAAGGAAUAAUUGCUUAAGAAGAGUACGAAAUGAGAGGGCCAACUUGCUUUGGAAGAUCAGGACGGUCAGAAAGCAAACUCCAGAUGAAAAGGAGAUCAUGGAGUCUACAUUCAGGGGCAUUGUUUCGGAUGAACUCAAGAAAAUUAAACUGUUACCUUUGAAUGGCCAGAUGGGUAUCUCACCCACUGAGAUUAGUGAUGUAUGGGAAUAUGAUGGUCCACAUGAAGGCACCCAAGAAAAUGACAGUGAAGAACUAUUAAUAGAAAUGCAAAGGCUUCUGUAUGAAGACUUGAGAGAGGAAUUGAUUCAGAGAGAGCUGAACGCUUAUGAAGAAGAGGAUGAAUACUUAGCUCAAGCAGUUUUUGAACAUAUGCAACUUAACAUUGACCUGAUUGGCAAAGAUAAAACAGUCUGGUGUCCCGUCUGCAAACAAGGCGUGCUCCGAGAGUCUCAUCGCCUCAUAUAUUGCAGCAGUUGCAAGCUCCGUCUCGACCUUGAGAACGAUAAGGUGAAUUUGGAUUUCCUGCGAAAUCGGUUAGGUGAAGUCCACAUGGACCAUCUGGAUAAAGGAUGCAAAGCAACUCCAAACUUCUACAUGGAUUCUAGUUUCAAUUUAACAGCUCUUUACAUCCAAUGCAGAGCCUGCGACACAUUUGAGAUUGUAAUGUAAUGUAUUUAUAUGGUAGAGCCUUCCGGUGUAACAAAAUUCAACUUUAGAAUGAACUCUUUUUUUUAAGUUAAAUUUCAUAUUAUUGAGUUGUGUGAA